AGAGCCUGAGUUUGGCCUGAUUUUGUGUGUGGUACCCCCACAAUUGCGUCACCCCUCCUCUCGGCCCAGUCUGGGAUCCUGUUGUGAGGACUUGGCUCCUGCCUCCCUUCUCCAACUUUCCCCAAAGACGGGGGUGGGGUGGGGGCUGAUAAGACAGAGUCUUGGCCUCAGCUGAGCAUUCUUGGUACAUUCCUUCCGCCUCAGCAUCCCCCUUCAACCAAUAGGUCUGAUGUUCUCCAGACUGAUCUGACAGGAACUCAGAAAGCUCCAGGGAGAGAGAAAGGAGAGAUGAGUGAGUGUCCACACCCAGGGAGAGCUGGGUGGCCCAGUGGCUGUUGUUAUCAGAACUGGCAUAGUACCAAGUGAAGAAGGGUGGAAGGUGGGGCAAAGCUGAAGUGCCCCUUGCCCUGAGCCGCCCUGUUUCCAGGGAGGCAACCUAGGAAGACCAUGCUACUAUACUUUUCCCUGAUUGUCUCCAGCAUCUCCCUCCUCUGAAUUUUGGGACUCCCGAACACCCCCACACCCUUGUCCUCAGGACCCCUCCCCCAAUUCUGGGGUCCCACAUUCUCCUUUUACUUUGUUCCAGACGAAGGCCCCUUGGGACCUCAGGGCCAGUGUGCGGUGUCAGGGAGCAAGAUUUUUAAGACCUCCACAUACACAGCCACAACCCAGCUGGUGCCCUCCUGGGGUAGGGAGCAGAGAUUCCCAAAUGUAGGUUUCAGCUGCCGGCUUUGCUUGAGGGGCCCACCCUCAGGGCUGAGUAUGCUCCCCUGGCAUGUGUCCCCAGUCAGGACUCACAGGCGGGGCUCCACAACAGGUACACACACGUACAGGCCACCCACACCUGGAACACACCAGCCAUGGCCCCUGCCAUGACGAUGACAGCUGUGGACACACCCCUCCUCCUAGACCUUGUUCUCUGUUGGCUGUGGAGCGGAUCGGGCAGCGGCCCCUGUGGGCCCAGUCCCUGGAGCUGCCCGAACCAGCUAUGCAGCCUUUGCCUGCCGGGGCCUUUCUGGAGGAGGUUGCAGAGGAGACCCCAGCCCAGCCAGAGAGUGAACCCAAGGUGCUGGACCCUGAGGAGGAUCUGCUGUGCAUAGCCAAGACCUUCUCUUACCUCCGGGAAUCUGGCUGGUAUUGGGGUUCCAUCACGGCCAGCGAGGCCCGGCAACACCUGCAGAAGAUGCCAGAGGGCACAUUCCUCGUCCGAGACAGCACCCACCCCAGCUACCUAUUCACACUGUCCGUCAAGACCACCCGAGGCCCCACCAACGUGCGCAUCGAGUACGCCGACUCCAGCUUCCGCCUGGACUCCAACUGCCUAUCCAGGCCGCGCAUCCUAGCCUUCCCCGACGUGGUCAGCCUGGUGCAGCACUAUGUGGCCUCCUGUACCGCCGACAGCCGAAGUGACAGCCCUGACCCUGCACCUACCCCAGCCCCGCCUACCCCCAAGGAAGACGUGCCCGGAGACCCGGCGCUACCCGCGCCGGCAGUCACGGCCGUGCACCUGAAGCUGGUGCAGCCGUUCGUGCGCCGAAGCAGCGCCCGCAGCCUGCAGCACCUGUGCCGCCUGGUCAUCAACCGCCUGGCGGCUGACGUGGACUGCCUGCCGCUGCCCCGGCGCAUGGCCGACUACCUCCGACAGUACCCCUUCCAGCUCUGACGCGCCUGAGCGUCUGCCUAGCCUCACCCAGCCGUACCCCGGAGGGGACAGUGGCCCCAGCUGGACUUGGGCUCCCGCUGUCCCUCCUCCGGUCAGCCCGGUGACUACGUGCCCCUGAGCGGCCGGACCAGGAAGAGCCAGCAGGAGCAAAGGCUGGGGGGUGAGGGGCAGGGAAAAGUGUCCCACAGCUGGGAAGUCAACCCCCCCCCCCAGCUCCCUUGUGGCUCGUUGUGGUGAGCCAUGGGUCAGAAGAGAGGGAGACAGGCAGGACCUUGUCUCACUCUGUGGCCUGGGCCCAGGACCCCACUUGCCCGCUAUGGCCUCCUGAACUGUGUAGACUUUGCCGGCCCUGGUUUCUCAGUCCACAGGGUGGGGCAGGCCCCCUCCUUCCAGCCACCCUGUCUCAGGGGGAUAGCAGCCAGAGGAACUGAGGUUGGCAGUGACCGUCCCCCGAUGGGGGAACAGACCAGGCUGGGGGAUGGCAAAGUUAUACAGUAUUUAUUUAUUUAUUCUCCUUGGGUUGGUCUCAAGGUGAGCCAGCCCUACCUCUCUGCCCUGAGCCCUGAGUGCUCUGGAGACCCCAGCUCUGCCCCAGCUUCUCUGGUUCUUCCUUGUGGAGAGCCCCAUCCUGAGACCUGUUGCUGGACCCAAGGCAGUUCUGGAUAUCCUGGCGCUGACCCACCCACCUGUGAAUGUGUCCCCCCUCUUCUGCCCCCAGCCCUGCUUUGGGAGGGUGGGUAAAUGGACAAGAAAAUGGAGCCAAGGUGUCAGUGCCCAGCAGAGCCCGCCGCUCACCCCCUCACAGGGCAGAGCCCUACCUGCGCAGGGCUGGUCUGGCUGGGCCCGGGUCUGCUGGGCCCACUUCCUGCCCAGGAAGGCGCCUGCACAUGAGAGGGGAAGGAAUACGUAUCUGAUAAGACUUUAUAAAAUUAUUAUUAUUAUAACAGGCAAAACCCAGUUCGGUAGUCUUUUUUUCUUCUACUGACAUUUUCUGUAUCGACAAUAAAAUUGUACUUUUCAUUUAAGGAGCCCUCAGUGGGUCCUCUUUUGAGUUCUUA